AUGUCUGAUUCUCAUCUCCCUCCCCUCAGCUCUGACGGAGUUUUCUCGGUGUCGGCCUCUAGCACAAUCAACGCCCCGCCAGAGAAAGUCUGGGCUAUUCUCUUGGACUUUGCAUCAUACAAUGAAUGCUUCAACUCACGUAACCCGCACGUUCCGAAAAGCCGUGGUCAGGUUGUCACGGAUUCGUCGAAGCAACCUCUUCAGUCACAGACACCAGCGGAAGGACAAUAUCUUUACAUAUAUCCCGUACAUCUCCCCCCGACGAUGGAAAAGCCAGGCCUCUUCGGGGAGAGCUCAGCGUUUGUUCAGAUCACAACGCUAGACCAUGAAAACUUUCGUGUUGCCUGGAAUACCGCUGGCCUACCCCACUUUCUCUUACAUACGGAGCGAUGGCAGGCUCUCAGCUACGAUUCUAUCAUGAAGCAGACAAGGUACGAAACGAUUGAAGUGUUUGGCGGGCUCCUGGCGUACUUUGUCAAUUGGUUUGUUCGCCCGAAGCUUGUUUUGGGGUUCCAAGCCAUGGCGGAGGGGUUGAAACGACGUGCUGAACAAGCUUGA